AUGAGUGGUCUAGUAACAUUAAUAACUGGUGGUGCAACUGGUUUAGGUCUAGCUUGUGCUAAACAUUUUUCUCGACUUGGUGCUCGUGUAAUCAUUUGUGAUUUACCAUCAUCUAAAGGUAGUGAUAUAGUGAAACAAUGGUCAUCAAUAGUUUCAUCGCCGUUAAAUUCAGAAUUAGAUGAAUCCGACGAUCCAUUGACUUCACUAUUAAAUGAACGUAAGGAUGACAAAAAUAAUGUGAAAAUUCCAUUAUCAAAUAAUCUAUCAACAGAUCAAAAUAUUCAAUUAGAACCACCGACAUUUCUUUCUGCUGAUGUAACCAAUGAAGAACAAAUACAAGCUAUGUUUAAUCAAAUCAAACAACAAUAUGAAAGACUUGAUGUUCUACUUAAUUGUGUUGGUAUUGGUGUAGCUAUUCGAACAUAUAAUAUAAAUAAACGUUCAAUGCAUAGUUUCGAUGAAUUUAAAAAACUACUUAAUGUAAAUGUAUCUGGUACAUUUAAUGCCAUACGUUGGGCAUGUCAUCUUAUGGCCGAUAAUAAACCAAAUUCUCAAGGACAACGUGGUGUUAUUAUAAAUACAGCAUCGAUUGCUGCUUAUGAAGGUCAAAUAGGACAAGUUGCGUAUGCAGCAUCGAAAGGUGCUCUUGUUUCAAUGACAUUACCAUUAGCAAGAGAUCUAUCAAAUAUGGGUAUAAGAGUAUGUGCUAUUGCUCCUGGUGUUUUUUAUACACCAAUGCUUGCUGCUUUACCUGUAAGAGUUCGAUUAUUACUUGGUAAUAUGGUACCAUUUCCAAAAAGACUUGGACAACCAGAUGAUUUUGCUCGUUUAGCACACAUGAUUGUUGAAAAUCCAUAUCUUAAUGGUGAAGUUAUUCGAUUAGAUGGAGCCCUUCGUAUGCCCCCUUAA